AUGAAAGGUCCGGAGGGUUACGAGUUGCUCCCCCAGUCGUACACAGGGUCGCACUGGCGCGAUGAAGAGAAAAUACUUACCUUGCAGCACGGUCGCACGCUGGCAUACACAUCUGUCGGGGAUCCAGACAGUCAGACAGUUAUCCUCUCAUUCCACGGCGGCAUGUCCAUCGGAUUCGUCCGCACUCAGGAUCUCGCGCCUACCUUAGUCGCCAAAAAGGUCCAUUUCGUUGCACUCACACUGCCGGGUUGGGGUAGUACUUCCAGCCCACGCGGGCAGACGUCCUACGCCUCAUGCGUCAUCUCGGACGUUGUCGCUCUGCUGAACCACCUGUACUCGGAUACCACCAAGCUGCGUAUAUACGUAGCCGGUCUGGUAUUUGGCGCCUUCGCAGCUCAGAUCCUGUACCACGCACCUUUCGACCAAUUCCCGCUUGGACGCCAAAUAGUCGCCAUGUUUCUGCGACAUCCCUGCUCGCCCAAGCAGUACAACCUUGUCGAACCUAGUGCGGUAGUAACGACCUCGGCGCCGCGCGCUGUAUUCUGGUAUCUUGAGCUGCUCAUGCGCUUUCGAUUGCGGAGCGUAGACAGCGCGGAACACUGGAUUCGCAAGGGGUCGUCGAAGUUGAGCGCCGCGCACAAAGAGAAGUACGUACGCUGGCUCGCCGAUCGUGGAUACACAGAGGCGGAGUAUACACGCGACCUGGCGGAGCGCACGGUCUAUAGCGUGAGCAAGACAUGGCAGGGACUCCGCAUGACGCGUGAGGUGAUGAAAUGGGAAUGGGGCACGUUUGACCCCGCGUCGUUGGAUAAGGAGCACGCUUCGAGGCCUAUCCUCAUCGUGAGUCCUAGAGGUAGCCGGAUGACACAGUUCUUGGUGGAGAGUUACAAGAAUGUGCAGGCUGUGUAUUGUAACACUGUACUUGAUAUGAGUAUGUGGAACUCGGAUGGUUUCUGGUCGAAGUUACUCGAUAACACAGAAUAG